CAUCGAUUGAUACUCUUAAGUGAUAUAAAGUAAUUCUCCCGGUGGUGAGGCGAAGUGAAAUUAAUUUUCAAAAGGCAUGACUCGACUAGCGGUUUUCGACGAAAUAAAUAAUAGCCGGACAGUGGCGGAAUGUAGAUUGAGAAGGACGGGUUUUCAGGGCGAAACCAACUGUUUUGCUCGGAUUAUUGCUUUCCUGAUUGCUGAUUUUUUGCGAGUCCUAGCUUAAGAAAACAGAGACUUACCGGUUAUUUACGAUACAAGUAACGUUAGUGCGCAUUACAUUACGAGAGAAAAUUUUUUCAUUUUACACCUCGAGCCGCAUCUUGAAUAUAAUUACCAGAUUGCGUUGCGUGAAGAACUGGAAACUAACGAAUAAUUGGUGAAGUUAUUUUUUUCGUUAAAGGGGACUUAACGACUCCCAUUGUUAAGGAAUUGUGGGCACGAUAACAUGUUAGAAAAAAAUAAAAAAUAAUUGUUUGUGAUAGGUAGAUAAACUGAAAAAAUGGUGUUGUUUUGGGGGCACGCAAGUACGCCUCUGUGCGGGUACGUGUGUGCGCUAAAAUCAUUCUUUCGCCCACCGCAGUUUAUUGAGACAAGUUGAUUUGUUUGUGACAAAUUAAAAACACGAAAUCCGGGCGAUUUAAAAAAUUAACAAAAAACGGGUCUCAAACUGUAAACAUCGGCGGGAUCAUGAUCCCGGUUGACACAAUUCGAUUAUUGAACCAUUUUAUAUUUACACCUGUAAUAUCACGUUUCAGGUUCUGCUAAAAAAUCACGUUUAUAGAUUCAGCUCGAAUUCCGCAAAAUUAGAUUUUGAUUGUAUUCCGGGAUCUCUUCACUUCACAUAAGAAUCAAAUUAAUAUGAUAAAUCGGAUCAAAGCGAAACGAAAUAUUCCACACGCUUGAUGAAUUUUUUCAGGAGGCCCCCUUGGCGCUGUAAUAGUCCAAUUUCCGGCAUUUGCAAUUCUAUUAAAUCAAGGGGGCCAUCGCUGGCGGCUCUUAUUAGCGUUCGACUUUACUUAAUAAUAAUUGUUUUGCAUUUUAAGAGGUAGCCGUGACGUAAACAAAGGUGGCGGCGCACGCCGCCGCCCCCAAAUACCGCGCGAUAUAAAACCACCACCGGCUCGUAACCACCCCUCAUUGUCCAAUCGCGAGACACGAUGAAGACUUUUCUCAUAUACAGUGCGUGUGUUGUGCUGUUCUGUAUCGCGAACUGUCAAGGAGAACCGAAAGAGCCCAAACGGAAUAAAUUGGCGUCGGUGUACGCGCUAACACCUUCGUUGCGUGUGGGCCGCCGCUCGGAGGGCACAGACGUGAAACGAAGGAUAGGAAAAAUGGUCUCGUUUCCGCGGAUUGGAAGAAGCGAAUCGAACUGGGUUCCUGAUGACAACAGUUACGGGGCCCAGCGGCCAGGGGCGAACUCAGGGGGGAUGUGGUUCGGGCCCAGAUUGGGUCGUGUCCAGAAACGGAGCGAGAAUUUCACGCCAUGGGCUUACAUUAUUUUGAACGGUGAAGCGCCCAUCAUCCGAGAGGUUCAUUAUAGCCCCAGAUUGGGGCGCGAGUCGGAGGAGGCCUACGAAGAGAUUUUGGACUCGAAUUUGGACGUUCUCUAAUUUUUCCGCACGAUUCAUUAUAGUGACAGGCUGGACAUUAUAAUGAUUAAGGAAUUUUUAAUGCACCGUUUCACUGUGAAAAUAAAACACUUUAAAAUGAAAUAAAUUAUUUGUAUUUUUA